CGCCGAGGUUCGGUUAGAAUCGAUUCUAGUCAUAUGACUGUCAGAUUGGGUUGGCCCAUUUUCUAGUUUUUGUAUCGAGUCGUGAGUCGCUUUUCGUCCUAGAAAAUCCCAAUUUCCUCUCAGUUUUUGUGAAAAUGGCCAGCCAAACGCAAGGCAUCCAACAGCUACUGGCUGCUGAAAAGAGGGCAGCAGAAAAAGUUUCUGAAGCGCGUAAACGCAAAGUGAAACGUCUAAAGCAAGCCAAAGAAGAAGCCCAAGAGGAAAUUGGAAAAUACAACAAAGAACGUGAGCGUCAAUUCCGUGAAUUUGAAGCUAAACACAUGGGGUCCAAAGAGGACGUUGCUGCUAAAAUCGAUGUGGACACCAAAUUGAGAAUUGCCGAGAUGAACAGAUUGGUGCAAGGACAAAAGGAAUUGGUGAUUCAAGACAUCUUGGCUUUGGUCUACGACAUUAAGCCGGAAAUUCACAAGAACUACCGUCAGUAAACGUAUUUUACUAAAAAAGUGUAAUAUUACUUAUAGGCACUAAAAAAAAUGAAUUUAUUUUGUAGAUACUUAAUCCUUAUGUCUUAACUCAUUCCAUUUUACUUGCUUAAACAUUUAUAUUAUUUAAUUAUUGUCGCAUCAAUUUUUAGAUGUUAAAAAAAAUUGCAAUCCUUAUUUCUUGUUAAAAUGCUUAUAGCAACAAAUUAAUCUCCAUUUUAUUGUUGUAAGUCUGUUGUGGAAUAAAAGAACUUGAUGUUUUGUGAA